GCUUCAAUAUUCAGUCUUGAUACGUUGCUGUGAUUUUGAAUUUUUGCGAGUAUUCACGUAAAGAAACUCUAUCAUGGCUCAGAAGUUCGUAGUUUUGUUGGCAGUAGUGGCACUCGCUGUGCUGACUACCGAAGUGAGCUCUGCUGCUCUACAAGUUUACGGCAGUGGCUUGAACAAGUCUCACAACUUGCUUCUUGGAGUCCGAAAACCUGGGGACAGACUUGUUCUGAGACAAAACGUAGUGAAGAAUUCUUCGUUCAUGCAGAUCGUGGUUGACGAGAAAUCCUUCAACACCCCGAUGUACGAGCAAAUCACGGCGAUCCAAGUUCUUGAUCAGAAGACUGAUGGCAACGGUGCUUACGCCAGCAUUGUCUCAGGUGGACCUGGAUCCAACUCCGUCAGCCUCAGAUUCAAGAGUCAAAGGGGCCAUGGAAUCAACUUCAUUGUUGAGGUCUACGCACGUUAAUCUAGUAUUACUAGAUCAAUACCAAUCGUGCCAACCAGAUUAAUUUGAUUCUUUUAUUUGUUAAUCGUCACUUAUCUUUUUAAAUUUAUUUACUUUUCUUCGCAUUGUGAACCAUGCUUUUAUGAAUUGAUUUUCAUAACUGCUUCUUUGUAAUUCUUACUCAUGUUAUGUUAAUGAAAUAAUAAAAUUUUGGAAACUCUUGUGCUAA